GUUGUUGUUCUCCCGAAAAUUUUCAGUAAAAUCUGUUUUUAAACCGAAUUUUAUGUUCUUAAACUAUUGUGUCAUUCGAUGGAAAUAGAAAAACUAUCAUUAGAGUGUGUAAUUGGGAGGAAUAGAGGUCGAAUUCAGUGAAUAUCAGCUGGAUUUCUCUUGGGCUGAUGAUAACGGGAUAGGUUUUUGUUUACGUUGGGAUUGCGUUUUAUGUAAAAACUCUUAAAAUUGAAAUAAGUGUUCGGAUUUCUCACUUGUGAGCAGAAUUUGUAUGUUAUUGGUGAAGGAGGAAGUUAACGCAACCGAAGGAAGUAAUUUCCAGACUGGAAACGAUUCAACAGCCACCGUGGCGGCAUCGGACGGGACGUUCCUCCAGGUGGUCUCCCUUCAGAAUGGCCACACGACAGCGGCAGCGGUGCUGGAUAUGGACUUUUGUCGACUGUGCCUCGGAGGCGAUGGGACCCAGUUGAUCAGUGUGUUCGGCGAUGAAUUCAACGAACCGGGCAAGGAAACGCUGAGCAGUAAGAUCCAUCGGUUCUUUGAAGUUCAGAUUAAUGAAGCUGAUGUUCUUCCGACGCACAUUUGCCAGCAGUGUUUGCUGCAGACGGAAAGUUGCGCGGAAUUCCGAGAAAAUUGUAUCCGCAAUGAUGAGAAACUUAAGCAGCUGGUGUUUGUUCAGGAAAGCGUUCCGGAACCGCCGCAACCACAUGUGUUCAAGAGAGAAGAACUGAUAUUGGAAGAUGAUUUUGUUGCAGAAGAUGUGGGCAAUGUGCCGGAGGAGGAGGAGGAAUCCGCUGAGACGAUUGUCGUUGACCCAACGAAAGAUUACGAAAGCUCAAAUCAGAGUUUACAGGAGUUAUUCUCCGAUGAGGAGGAUAAUGAGGACGGAGCUGGACCGGAUGAUACAAAUGACGAAAGCCUCAAAGUGACAACAAAUAAUGAUUCAUCGGAGGAUAUGGAUGAUAGCAAGUUGAAAAAGUUGGUUCACAUGUGCAAAUAUUGUGAUGUAGCAUUCGCCAUGUCCAAUGCUUGUUACGUUCACGAGACGCAGGAUCACGAUCUGUUGGCACCGUACGCUUGCCAGUUUUGCGAAUUCAAGACAACUAUUCGCAUCAUUCUCAUUACGCACAUUCGCGACGUGCACGGCAUCGAUCGGCCGUAUAUUUGCAUUCAGUGCAAUAAGGGAUUCCACCGGAGAUCGGAUCUCAAAAAGCAUACAUUCGUACACAGCGGAGUGAGGCCCUUCGCUUGCCAUGAAUGCGGGAAGAGCUUCUCGAGAAAUACGAAUCUGACCAAGCAUCUCAGAAUCCAUUCCGGCUACAAGCCGCAUAUUUGUAAUGUGUGUCCAAGAUCUUUUGCCAACAAAGCCGAUUUGGUUCGGCAUCAGAACAUACACUUGUCCCUGGGGAAGCAGUUUUCCUGCAGCAAGUGCAAUAAUACCUACGCUCGGAAGGACAAGCUUCUUAGCCACGAACGAAUCUGUUUUGCCAAACACCAGCAACAACAGCAGCAGCAACAAAUGGAACUUCAACGGCAAAUGGCUCAUAUCAUAUCAACCGCCCCGAUUGGUACGAUGGGCCAGGCCGAGUUUGACGCUGAGAACAUGGUCAUCGCUUUGGAUCCCUAUCAAGAAAUCGAUCAAGUUCCAGCAGAAGACGAUCCCGGAAUCCCAAAUGCUGCUCCCGUUUCGGCCGUCUCCACAUUCUCCAACAUAACCUUACCCUUGAGCCAAUCCCAUUCGAGCUCCUCCCCGGCACUUCAGACCAAGCUUUUCUCGUGUCAAAAAUGUCCCAAGAAAUUCCUGUCGAAAAACACCCUCCACACUCACCAGCUAACCCAUUCGGACGUCCGAAACUACCGCUGCCACACGUGCGACAAAAAGUUCAUUCGAAAACGGGAACUGGAUCGCCAUCUAACUGCAGUCCACAGUAAUCACAAACCGUUCGAGUGCAAACAGUGCUCGAAGAGAUUUUCCCGUAAAGAUAAACUGCUUCGCCACGAGCGGGUCCAUCGCGAGGACAAGUUCUUCUCGUGCAUCGCCUGCGAUGCUAAAUUUCUGCGCAGGGAAGCACUGACCAUCCAUUCGAAGAUACACUGCACAGCACAGGUGCGGGACGAUCCAUCCGAUGUGAUCAUAAUGAUCGAUCAAGUGCAGCAGGAUCAGCUGAUGGAACAGGUAAUGGCUUAUGCAGCCGACGAUGUCGGAAUGGAGUCGGUGGCCAUGCUCUGAACGACUCCGAGCGAAACAAUUCCAUGAGUUAGGGCGGUAAGGUAGGUAGAGAUCGUGAAUGGACUUUUGCUGUGUUUGAGUGAUCUGAUGAAACAUUUUUUUUUUUCAACAAGCAACAAGCGCUAGGUUCACACAAUUUUCAUAGGAUUUUAUUCGAUAUGUCUCCGAUCACUGGUGGUCGGCGUUCAUGUGACUUGUAUUACCUACAUGAAAUUGAAUGGGAAAGGGUUUAAUGUCCCUAAUGUCGGCCUGAGUGGCCCCUUGUUUGACUUUUUCACAAGCAACUAAAAAUAUAAAGUUUUUGUCUAGAUGACGCAUUGUUCUAAGAAAAAAUGAAGGACAUAAGAUAUUUUUGUCAUGAUGUGCGCUAUAUUUAGUUCCAUAGGUCAACAUUAGAGCCACUUACCCUGUGUAUUUUGAUUCAAGAUCAAUGACAUUAUUUUGGGAAAAUUGUGUGAUCGGAGUCUGAUUUUCAAGUGAUUUUAUUCAAUUCGCUUCGAAUCGCGGUGAUUUAAGUUCAAAUGAUUGGCAAACGUGUGGAAACAGUUGCUCAUCUACCAAUUUUCAGUUUCAUUUAGUUGAACACCGAACCCGACAUUAUAGACAGUCGUACAACAAUACUUGACUUCCUACUCAGUACUCUGUAUGAUAUUUGGUCGGAGUACAUAGGGGUCCCUCAAGUGGUAUUAGCACUUAAAAUAGCAAUAGCAAACACACAUAAGUCGAAAAUUUUACUGAUCAAAAUAAUCUGAUAGAGUGCAUCAUUAUUAUUUUCUUAUUAUUAUAAAUUUUCUCACAAAUAUGACAACAUACGACUUCGUAUAGCAUUAUUAGCCGGUAGUGUUCGUUCGUGGGCAUAUAUAAUCAUGUAACACAAAUAUAAGGAACAAAGUGAAACACGUAUAAUUAGCGUCAUUUGAUAUUCAUUUGGUCUCACGUAUGUCGUCGUUGUCGUCGAUGUAAAAUAAA